AUGAAAGUUCUUCUUGAAGAAUAUAAUUAUUCAAUUGUGCUAGAAAAUAUUACAAAGGGUAUUAAAUAUCUUGAAUUCAUAAUUCUAUUUUUUAAUCUAUUAUUAAAAAACAAAGAAAUCAUAGUUGAUGCAACAUAUAAAGAAAAUCAACCAAAUGUAAUAGUUAAUAUUGAAAGUAUUGAGGAGUUGGAAAAUUAUGAAAAUAGUGAUGAUAAUAACUCAGAUGAUUUAUAUGAAAACUAUGAGCUAUAUCUUAUUAAAGUGCUUGAAAUUGUACAAGAGCAAAAGGCAAAGCAAAAUUAUAAAUGA